ACCACCACCAAUCCAGUCCACCCUAUCUCAAAUCGCCUAGCAGAUCCAGCAUUUCUGUGGCGUGGGCUUCAGGCAAUCUCCUUAUAUUAGGGCUAGGCAUACCAGCUGUCUUUCCGUGCCUGCUUGAGAUUACAACCUCCUUUGCCAUCAUCUCUUGGUCCCUUUGUGCGAUCCGUGAAGAUGAGGCGAGUUUACAGUGAUGUUCCUAGUAAUCAGAUGCUCCACCCGCGCUCUCCGCGCGUUAUCCGCAGCGCGUCUACGCCCAGCGCCGGAGGCUCCAGUUCCCCUUCUUCCGAUGUUCCGUCCUCACCUUUCUUUGAGCGGAGCGCUUCCAUUAGCAGCGGCGAGUUCGCCUUUCCGCAAAGCCCAGCGCAGGUCGAGGACCCCGGCACGCCAAGGCUCUUAAUCCGUGCGUCGCCUGACGCUGCCGCUGCGGCGGAACCGGGUCGCGCCGCUCUAGAUACCUCAGAAAUCAGUCCACUUGAACUCGCCGCGGAUUUUCGCGACGAGUCGUCUAUAGUCGUUCGCCGCGCGUCCGGAGAUUCCGCCAUGGCUACUACAAGCGGUAGCGUCGCUAUGGAAGCUCCUGUCGUGCCCAGGUGUGCCACGGCUCCCCUCACCCUGCGGAAACCGGCGGAAUGGGCGGAAUGGCACUGCUGGCGGCACGGUCGGCAGGGAAGCGCCAUCCCGAAGCCGUCUAUUGAAGAGAUUCGCGAGGCUCUCAGUGCAACGCACAUCGCAGAAUCACGCAAGAGUAUUCAGCAAUCCGCCGCCGACGCCUGGAAGGCGCAGGAAGAGUUUAAGCGCGGUGUGGAGAAGGCCAUGGCGCGGCACGAAGCGGCGGUUAACUUUAUGGGUGGAAAUUUUUUGACCGGUAGCAGCAGCAUGAUUGGGCGGUUAUUCGAGCACAUGAAGGGCAAAAAUUCAAGCAAGAGUAUUAAAGCUUGAUAUUCCUGUCACCUGGGAACCUAAAUGUAAAUAUGUGUGUUUUUGUUAGGAGUCAUAAAUUGUUUAGUGUCCAAGAGUUGGUCAUUCUAUUAUAAUUAUG